AUGCUUCAUACAAAAUCUGAGUCUGAUAUAACUAGUUUAGCCCCAUCAUCGCCUUCAAGGUCUCCUAAGAGGCCAGUAUACUAUGUACAGAGCCCUUCAAGGGAUUCUCACGAUGGGGACAAGUCCUCAUCAAUGCAAGCCACUCCCAAUUUCAAUAGUCCAAUGGAAUCACCUUCGCACCCUUCUUUUGGCCGACACUCCCGGAAUUCUUCUGCUAGUCGGUUUUCGGGGAUAUUCCGGUCUUCGUCGGGGAGGAAAGGUGGCCGGAAAAGGAACGAUAAGGGGUGGCCGGAGUGUAAUGUGAUUGUAGAAGAGGGAAAGUAUGAUGAGUUUGAUGAUGAAAAGGGGUUCACUAGGCGGUGUCAGGUUUUGUUGGGUUUUUUGGGUUUUGUUGUUCUGUUUACUGUCUUUUGCCUGAUUAUAUGGGGUGCUGGAAGGCCUUACAAAGCUGAGGUUACCGUCAAGAGCUUGGUAGUGAAUAACCUCUACGUUGGGGUGGGUUCAGACUUGAGUGGGGUUCCAACCAAGAUGCUGACUGUGAAUAGCUCAUUGAGGAUGAGCAUAUACAACCCUGCUACCUUCUAUGGCAUUCAUGUUAGCUCCACACCCGUUAAUCUCGUUUAUUCUAAGAUUACCGUUGCAACUGGUCAGUUGAAGAAAUAUUAUCAGCCAAGAAAGAGUCGCUGGCUUGUUUUGGUGAACUUGGAAGGAACUAAGGUUCCUUUGUACGGGGCCGGAUCAAGUUUAACUGUCUCUGACAAUGGUGUCCAAGUUCCAUUGACAUUAGAGUUUGAAAUUCGGUCACGGGGAGAUUUGGUAGGGAAAUUGGUGCGGACAAAGCAUCAAAGGCAAAUUUCUUGCCCUUUGGUUAUCGAUUCAACCAGCACAAAACCUAUAAAGUUCAAGAAGGACUCGUGCACUUAUAGCUGAAGCCUACUUGCUGGCCUGCACAUUUCUUGGCUUGCCGCGUCCGGAUCUUGGGACUCCAUGUUUAAAUUGUCCAGCUUCUGUGUCCCUGCAUUUCUGGGAAGAUGAAUUUCAAUUUUGAUGCAUCAUGGUAGUGAAACUGGAGUGAUCAAGAUCCGUUAAGAGGUUGAUUUGUAAUGUUCCCUUUGCUAUCAUUGAGCUAGUUAGUAGGAUAGUGUGGCAUUACAGGAAAAAAACUUGCUCUGUUAUAAAUUGUAAAGCUAAGGAUUUGUUUAUAUUUCAUUUGGCUUUCUCAUUACUCAUGUACUGAAGCCCUUGCCAACCCAACAUUUGCAGUCUAUAAAUGACAUUGGCCAAAACUGUGCUAUCAGCGUUCUUCCAUAUCAG